GUUGUUGGACUUCACUGAGCACUGUUCAGUCACAGCAGCAGAGUUAACUCUGUAAAGUAAACACACUAAGAGAUGGAGACAUUACACAGUGUCUUGGGCUUUGAGUGGAUGGACAGCAGGAGUAUUUUGAUAUUUCUGUGUGUCUUUCUGUUGUUGGCUCAUGUUUUGAAGAACAGAGCGCCACCAAACUUUCCUCCAGGACCGUGGGCUCUUCCUUUCAUUGGCGACCUUUUUCGCAUUAAUCCCAGCAGAAUCCACCUGCAGAUGGGAGAGUUUGCAGAGAAAUAUGGAAACAUUUUCAGCCUCCAGAUCUUUGGUGGAAGAGUUGUAGUCCUAUAUGGCUACAAGCUUGUGAGAGAGGCCCUGGUCCAAAGAGGAGAGGACUACACAGAUCGCCCCUCUGUGCCACUGUUUGAAGAAAUAAAUGGGAGAAAAGGUCUGGUGAUAUCGAACGGCCCUCCAUGGAAGGAGCAGAGGAGAUUUGCUCUUCGUACACUCAAAAACUUCGGUUUGGGCAAGAAGACGCUGGAGCCAUCCAUCCAGCAGGAGUGCCAUUAUCUCAUUGAGGCUUUUGCCCUUCAGCAAGGGAAGCCGUUUAACGCCCAGACACUGAUAAACAACGCUGUGUCCAACAUCAUCUGCUGCCUGGUGUUUGGAGAACGCUUUGAGUACACUGACAAGCAGCACCAGAAUAUUCUUCAGAUCUUCAACGAGCUAUUGUACUUAGAGGCAGGCAUGUGGGCACAGAUUUAUAACGUAUUUCCCUGGCUGAUGAAGUGGCUGCCUGGACCUCACAGGAGGAUAUUCACUCUGACACAAUAUAUCACUGACUAUGUACAAGCCAAGAUCAACGAACACAGAGGGAGCUUUGACCCGUCCUCACCAAGAGACUACAUCGACUGCUUCCUCACUGAGAUGGAAGAGAUGAAGGACAAAGACUCUGGUUUUGAUUUAGAGAAUUUGAGUUUUUGCGCUCUGGACCUGUUUGUUGCUGGAACUGAAACCACGACCACGACUUUACACUGGGGACUGCUGUACAUGAUCUAAUACCCUCACAUACAAGAGAGAGUCCAGGCUGAGAUAGAUACUGUCGUUGGUUCAUCCAAACAGCCCUCGAUGACUGACAGAGAAAACAUGCCCUAUACUGAUGCCGUCAUCCAUGAGAUCCAGAGGAUGGCCGACAUUCUUCCCCUCAAUUUGCUCCACAUGACAAACAAGGACACCACACUGGACAAGUACACACUGCCAAAGGGCACCCCUGUCCUGCCCACGCUGAUCUCGGUUCUACGUGAUGAGACGAUGUGGGAAACUCCACACUCCUUCAACCCUCAACAUUUUCUGGACCAGGACGGCAAAUUUAGGAAGAGAGAGGCCUUCCUCCCCUUUUCAGCAGGUAAGCGUGUGUGUCUCGGGGAGCAGCUGGCCAGGAUGGAAUUAUUCCUCUUCUUCACCUCCCUCCUUCAGAGGUUUUCUUUCUCAGCACCUGCUGGAGAGCAGCCCAGUCUGGAUUACAAGUUAGGAACCACUCUGUGUCCCAAACCUUACCGCCUCUGUGCCGUACCACGAUAAUCCACCGCCUGCCCCAAACUGAACCAUCACCAACACAAAGAGUCCAUCCCCCAAUAACCAAAUGGAUCCCUUACAGACUCAUUGA